GGUCGUUUUCCUGCAGCUAGCUCGCCACAACUCCCUGAGCUCUCCCAGGUGGCGGCUGCCUCCUCCAGACGGACUCGAUCACCAUGACUAAACUAAACGCCCAAGUCAAAGGCUCUCUGAACGUCACAACUCCAGGGAUACAGAUAUGGAGGAUCGAGGCCAUGCAGAUGGUGCCUGUCCCUUCCAGCACCUUUGGGAGCUUCUUUGAUGGUGACUGCUACAUACUCCUGGCUAUCCACAAGACCAGCACCAACCUGUCCUAUGACAUCCACUAUUGGAUCGGCCAAGACUCGUCCCAGGACGAGCAGGGGGCAGCGGCCAUCUACACAACCCAGAUGGAUGACUUCCUGAAAGGCCGAGCUGUCCAGCACCGGGAGGUCCAAGGGAAUGAGAGUGAGGCCUUCCGAGGCUACUUCAAGCAGGGCCUUGUGAUCAGGAAAGGGGGCGUGGCUUCUGGCAUGAAGCACGUGGAGACCAAUGCCAGCGAUGUCCAGCGGCUGUUGCAUGUCAAGGGCAAGAGGAACGUGGUAGCUGGAGAGGUGGAGAUGUCCUGGAAGAGUUUCAACCGAGGGGAUGUUUUCCUGCUGGACCUGGGGAAGCUUAUCAUCCAGUGGAAUGGACCAGAGAGCAAUCGCAUGGAGAGACUCAGGGGCAUGACCCUGGCCAAGGAGAUCCGAGACCAGGAGCGGGGUGGGCGCACCUACGUGGGCGUGGUGGACGGGGAGAAGGAGUCCGAAUCCCCGGAGCUGAUGGCGGUGAUGAACCACGUGCUUGGCCAGCGGCGGGAGCUCAAGGCUGCGGUGCCUGACUCAGUGGUAGAGCCCGCACUCAAGGCUGCCCUCAAACUGUACCACGUGUCUGAUUCAGAGGGAAAGCUGGUGGUCCGGGAAGUCGCCACCCGGCCGCUUACGCAGAACCUGCUGAACCACGAGGACUGUUAUAUCCUGGACCAGGGGGGCCUGAAGAUCUACGUGUGGAAGGGGAAGAAAGCCAACGACCAGGAGAGGAAGGGAGCCAUGAAUCAGGCUCUGAACUUCAUCAAAGCCAAGCAGUACCCGGCAAGCACGCAGGUAGAGGUGCAAAAUGACGGGGCCGAGUCCGCCGUCUUUCAGCAGCUCUUCCAGAAGUGGACCGUGCCCAGCAAGACUUCAGGCCUGGGCAAAACCCACACUGUGGGCUCUGUAGCCAAGGUAGAACAGGUGAAGUUUGAUGCCACAUCCAUGCAUGUCCAGCCUCAGGUAGCAGCCCAGCAGAAGAUGGUGGAUGAUGGGAGCGGAGAGGUGCAGGUGUGGCGCAUUGAGGAUCUGGAACUGGUGCCUGUGGAUUCCAAGUGGCUGGGCCACUUCUAUGGUGGCGAUUGCUACUUGCUGCUUUAUACCUACCUCAUUGGCGAGAAGCAGCACUACCUGCUCUACAUCUGGCAGGGCAGCCAAGCCAGCCAGGAUGAAAUUGCAGCCUCGGCCUAUCAAGCUGUCAUCCUGGAUCAGAAGUACAAUGAUGAACCGGUCCAGAUUCGGGUCCCAAUGGGCAGGGAGCCACCCCACCUUAUGUCCAUCUUCAAGGGACGCAUGGUGGUCUACCAGGGAGGCACAUCCCGAGAGAACAACACGGAGCCUGUGCCCUCCACAAGGCUGUUCCAGGUCCGGGGAACGAAUGCCAACAACACCAAAGCCUUUGAGGUCACAGCCCGAGCCACUUCCCUCAAUUCCAACGAUGUCUUUGUCCUCAAGACUCCGUCCUGCUGCUACCUGUGGUGUGGGAAGGGUUGCAGUGGUGAUGAGCGGGAGAUGGCCAAGAUGGUUGCUGACACCAUCUCCCGGACAGAAAAACAAGUGGUGGUGGAAGGGCAGGAGCCAGCCAACUUCUGGAUGGCCUUGGGUGGUAAGGCACCCUACGCCAACUCCAAGAGGCUACAGGAGGAAAACUCAGUCAUCACCCCUCGGCUCUUUGAAUGCUCCAACCAAACUGGGCGCUUCCUGGCCACGGAGAUCCCAGACUUCAAUCAGGAUGACUUGGAGGAGGAUGAUGUGUUUCUACUGGAUGUCUGGGACCAGGUAUUCUUCUGGAUAGGGAAGCAUGCCAAUGAGGAGGAGAAGAAGGCCGCAGCUACCACCGUGCAGGAAUACCUCAAGACCCACCCCAGCGGCCGCGACCCUCAAACCCCCAUCAUUGUGGUGAAGCAAGGACAUGAGCCCCCCACCUUCACAGGCUGGUUCCUAGCUUGGGAUCCCUUCAAAUGGACUAAUGCCAAAUCCUAUGAGGACCUGAAGGCGGAGCUUGGAAACUCUGGGGACUGGGGCCAGAUCACAGCUGACAUCACAAGCACCAAGGUGGAUGUGUUCACUGCUAACACCAGCUUCAGUUCAGGGCCCCUACCCAUCUUCCCCCUGGAGCAGCUGGUAAACAAGCCUGUGGAAGAGCUCCCCGAGGGCGUGGACCCUAGCAGGAAGGAGGAACACCUGUCCACUGAAGAUUUCACUAAGGCAUUGGGGAUGACUCCAGCUGCCUUCUCCGCCCUGCCUCGAUGGAAGCAACAAAACCUCAAGAAAGAAAAAGGACUAUUUUGAGAAGCAAUAGUAAUUGUCCUUUAGAGCAGCAUUCUUCUGUAUGUGACGGGGCUGCCUUUUUAUUACUGGUUUUAGGCCUAUUCCAGUUGAAGACAAUUUCCAGUUGUACUUGUGAGCAGCAGUGUGUGGCAAUACUAUUUUUGUUUAGUGACCUACCACCCAUUUCUUCAGAAAGAUUCUGCCUCCCAA